GUUGUUUAUUGCUUUAAACAUUGUUACUGUAAAUAUCAUUGAUUAUUUAUAAUAUCUGCAAAAAUAUUUUAAUGAAAUUGCAUUUGUAUAAAUGUUAUAUGUGUAUAACUUUGACACACAUAUGUCAAUAUUUACACAACUGAUUCCCGUAUUCAUAACGGCCACCUUUCUUUGACCUGGAUUUUUAAAAUAUUUAAGAACACGGAAUGAGAUCCAAUGUACAGUUCCGAAUCAGUUGUGGUAGUAAUAAUAUGUACAUCGACUGUCAGUAAACAUCAACAAUGAAUAAUAGAGUGAUACUGUUGGUGGCGUGCGGACUCGUGAGUGCGCUUGCUGAUCCUACUACAAAACAAAAAGUUCCGACCGAUAACAACCAGCCUUUGUCACAAAGUACCGGCGAGGAAGCAAAACAUCAAGAACAAUUGUUCAACAAAAGUGAUUCAGAACAAAGGAACGAAGUCACAAAUACAAACGAUCAAAUUAGGGAAGACGGCGAUGCUAUUUUCCAGAUUUACGUCGAAGAGACUAUCGAUCCCGUCGAGGAACAUUAUCCACAGAUGCAAAAUGAGCUGAGUAUUGAUGACGAUACCUUUACAAUACUGGAUCGUGAAGAUUUGAACCGCGACGAAGUGAUGGAAAGCAACACCGAUGAAAUAAUGCAGACCGCUGCAGGGUUCAUUCCAGUCCCCAUAAUAAAGAAGUUCCGCCAGAAGCAGCCGGCGCGGCGGCGGGUUGCCGCUCGGAGGCAGUAUAGGAGACCACAACCACACCCCCACCACUGGCGAUACUCCUUCCCAUAUGUAUAUUAUUCAUAUUAUCGUCCCAGCUCUCUAAGAUAUUCUUAUUAUUAGUCAUAUAUUAAAAAACCCAUAUUGUAAUUUAUUAUUUUGUAAAUAAAAUAACUUUGACACA